GUCGCCGUAACACAAGUAGGUCUGCUCUGUAUUUUCACUAUAAAAACAAGCUCAAAAAAAUAUCUCCUUCCAUUCUUCUCUUUCGUUAAACCCUAAACUUGUCUCUUAGGGUUUUGCAGCCUCCUCUCCCUUUUUCUUUCUUGACAUAAUAAUCAAAGGCUAUGGGUAAAUCAACUAAGAAGUCUGCCACUAAGGUUGAUGCUGCUAUAGUUGCUCCAACCAAACCCAUGAAGAAAGGAAAGAGAGAAGCCGAGGAUGAAAUUGAGAAGAUAGUAAGUGCAAAGAAGCAGAAGAAAGAUGUGGCUGCUGUAGCACAAGCUGUUGAGAAAAAGAAGAGUGAUACAAAGACUCAGAAGAAGAAGAAACAAGAAAGCAGUUCCUCUGAUGAUAGUUCCUCCGAGUCCGAAGAUGAAAAGCCUACUAAAGCAGUGGUACCUCUUAAGAAAGUGGCUCCUGCCAAGAACGGUGUUGCUGCUAAGAAGAAGAAAGAUGAAUCAAGUGAUGAUUCUAGUUCAGAUGAUGAUAGCAGCUCGGAGGAAGAGGUUCCUGCAGCCAAGAAACCUGCAGCAAAGAAACCUACUACUAAUGGCUCUGCUAAAAAGGACGAGUCAAGUGACGAUUCUAGUUCAGAUGAUGAUAGCAGCUCCGAGGAUGAUGCUGUUGUUAAGAAGGCGGCCCCUAAAAAAACCCCUGCUGCUGCCUCCAAAAAGGAAGAUUCCAGCGAUGAUUCCAGUGACGACUCCAGUUCAGAUGAUGAUGAACCUCCCACUAAGGCAGUUGCUCAACCGAAAAAAGCUCCACAAGCCGUGAAGAAGGCUAGCGACAGCUCUGAAGAAUCUGAUGAUUCCGAUUCUGAUUCUGAUUCUGACGCAGACAAGGGAAAGGCCGCUGCUGUAUCUAAAAAGAAGGUUGAGUCUAGCAGUGACAGCUCUGAUGAAGAAUCCGAAGAAGAGGAACCCAGUAAGGCGGUACCAUCUAAAAAACCAGCUGUUGCUGUAUCUAAAAAGGAUUCUUCAUCUGAUGAUGAGAGUGAGGAUGAUAGUUCUGAGGAAAGUGAUGAGGAAGAACCUCAAAAGAAAAAGAGCAAGCCCUCUAGCACUCCAGCUGUCGCAAAGGAGAGUAGUUCUGAGGAAUCUUCUGAGGAAGACGAGUCCUCUGAAGAGGACGAGGAUGAAAAACCAUCCAAAACUCCCAAGAAGGGUGGUGAUGUAGAAAUGGUUGAUGCUGCUAAAACCCCUAUUACUCCUAAAGCUCAAACUCCGGGUGGAUCGAAAACAUUGUUUGUUGGAAAUCUGUCCUACUCAGUUGAACAGGCGGAUGUUGAGAAUUUCUUCAAAGAUGCUGGAGAAGUUCAGGAAGUGCGUUUUUCUACACAUGAGGAUGGUUCGUUUAAGGGCUAUGGUCAUGUUGAAUUUGUCACUGCUGAAGCUGCACAGAAGGCACUUGAACUAAAUGGACAAGAUCUUUUGGGCCGUGGUGUGAGGUUGGACCUGGCUCGUGAGAGGGGUGAAUAUACACCACGCAGUGGGAGAGAAGAAAACUCAUUCCAGAGGCCCGCUAGAACUGAAGGAAGCACUAUUUUUGUUAGGGGCUUUGACAAAAACGAGGCUGAAGACCAGAUUAGGAGUUCACUUGAGGAGCAUUUUGCAUCUUGUGGAAGGAUCUUUAAAACAAGAAUUCCUACAGACCCAGAAGGUUAUAUUAAAGGGAUGGCUUAUAUUGAGUUUGCAAAUGGUGAUGCUAAUGCUAUAAACAAAGCUCUGGAACUUGAUGGAUCAGAAGUUGGAGGGUUUAGCUUGAACGUGCAAGAGGCAAAACCAAGGGGUGACAGUUCUGGUGGAGGCGGCAGAGGUUUUGGUGGUAGAAGUGGUGGUAGGGGAGGUGGCAGAGAUAGUGGUGGCAGAUUUGGUGGCCGUGGUGGUGGAGGCCGCUUCGGUGGUGGUGGCCGCUUUGGUGGUGGUGGACGUGGUGGUGGAGGCCGUUUUGGUGGCGGUGGAGGCAGAGGCAGAGGAACUCCCAACAAGCCAAGCUUCACUCCAUCUGGUAAGAAGACAACCUUUAAUGAUGAUGAGUAACUUAUAGCUGGGACUCUACGGCCGACUUAUCAACUUGUCUCCUUAAAUCGUGGCCGUACUUUUGUUUUAAAUAUAUAAAUUUUGUCGGUUGAGCAAGGACUUGGAAAUGUAGUAGUAGUUAGUAUAAGAGUCGGGACAAUUUUGUUUCCUUUAGUUAUGAGUAAUUUGUACCAUUCUUUUUGGGUGGAAAGUGAGUUCGUCAUUGUUCAUAUUCAGUGAUUGGUACUCUUAUAUUAUGCUGAUCUUAUCUAUAUUUGUUGUGAGAA